AUGGCCAAGGUCAAGGCCAAGGUCAAGGCCAAGGUCAAGAAGGCUGAAACACGACCACCACUGAAUAAGAUUCGCAAGUUGAAAAGCAUCACGAUUCGGGCAAAGAAAUACCUGAAGACAUCUUUUUUCAAAGGUCCUGAUUAUAUCAAGCAGGCGUUCAUGGAUCCAGUGGAGAUCCCCAAGGAUCCUCCUGAAGAGAAGGAGAAAGACAGCCCUACCAGCCCUGCCAAGACCCCCGGGCCCACCCCUCCCCCUUCGCCCCACAGCAAGAAGAGACAGCACAGCAACAGCGUCUCCACCUCCGCCUCCCGCAAGACCAGCAAGGACGAAUCAUCACACAGCCGCAAGGUCAGCAAAGAGGAGAAGCCGGGCCUUAAGAGCAGCAAGGACGAAUCAUCACACAGCCGCAAGGUCAGCAAAGAGGAGAAGCCAGUCCGUAAGAGCAGCAAGGAAGAGCGGACGAGCAGGAAGUUGAGUAAAGAGGAGAGGGUGUCCAUCACUGCCGAGCCGCCCACAGCCGCUGCUCACUCUUCCCAUGAUGCUUCAGCCAAAUCCCCCAAGACCCCAGAGCCCGGCCCCACCAACGUACCACCUCCCCAGGCCGCUGCUCACUCUUCCCAUGUAAUACACCAGGAUGCUUCAGCCAAAUCCCCCAAGACCCCAGAGCCCGGCCCCACCAACGUACCACCUCCCCAGGCUGCUGCUCCGCAGACGGUGGCGGGUCCUGGUAACGGAAUGGGACAACUCCACUCCCAGUAUCAUAGCUACUACGUCAAAGCCCCCUCCAGGGGACCCUUGCCCCCGGAACCUGAGCCUGAGGAGGACGAGGAGCCCAGUCAACUGACCCUGGCACGGAUGGCCCCGCCACCCCCAAAGUCGUUCCGGAAUUUCAAUCUCAAGCCGACGCCCACAGGUGAGCAGAGCAAACUCAGGAAGCAGGAUUCGCUAAAACCAAAGAGCCUGGCAGAGACCAAGAAGGCCAGUAUGGAGAUGGCUGACGGGCGGGGCGAAGAGAAUGCUCCUAACUCUAUCCUGGUUGCUAUGGUGAUGCUGUUGAAUAUCGGCCUAGCCAUCAUAUUUGUCCACUUCCUGACAUGAUGGUCCUGUGUCUCAGUGAUGCCGUGGCAACUGGUGCAGUUGCGUCUCCAGCCUUUUAAAAAUCAAAAUGGUGUCAGUCAGACUCGGAAGCGGCCACAGGAGCAUGGACAUCAGCUUUGUGACACAGGAGAGAAACAUGAGAGGCAGGAGAGAAGGACCCGCAGGCUGUCCUGGGCCGUCCACAGACCUGCCUGAUCAUAAUACUCUCCUCUGGGUUCUGUUAAAGAACAACAUGAUAUGUCUGAGGGAGAAAAACAGUACAACAGAAAAAGUAAACACAAACACAAACACACACACAC